ACACUCUUUUAAUCAACUAUUGUACAUGUUAGCUAUAAGAUGGGCUAUAGGUGACAUGUCAUGAGCUUAAAGCCGGCAGCCGGCUCUACUAUUAUACUUGCUCUAAGGCCCGUCCGAUUCGAAAACCAAACACACCCUAAUGCUCGCUACAAGGUCAUAAAUGUUGCACCAUGUUUUCUUUCCGGUCCACGUUAUCAGCAGCCAAAAGCACGAAAAAACAUAUACUGUACGUACUAUAUUGCUGGGUAGGGGCAGGGUCAGGGGCAGUAUGGUCAUUUGCGCCGAACGGCGGCCUGCGCGGUGACGGCUGCGCGGUGCGACUAUAUCUGCGCCAUGCCAGCCCGUGCCAAGCUUCCUCACUCUCCUCUCCUCACACACCGUCGGCACCCUGCACACCACACGCACCACUCGUCCGGCUAGCCAGCUCGUAGCUCAUGGAGGUGAGCGGCUCGGUGCAGGACCUCGGCGACAGCUUCUCCUACGGCUGGCUCAACCACGACCAGGCGCCGCCCUCCUCGCACCGCCUCGCCGCCGACGCGCGCCAGUACUCCUUCGGGCGCUCCAGGCCCUCCUUCAUCGACAUGGAGGACCCCUCCGAGCUCUUCUCCAUGCGGUGGACCACGGCGACGCCGGGCGACUUCGACUUCGCCCUCCCGGUGCCAGCAGGAGCAGGCGGCGCCGCGUCCCCCGCGCACCUGGUCAGCGCCAGCCACAUCUUCCGCGCCGGCCGCCUCCUCCCCUGCGAGCCCGGAGGCUGCUCACAACAAGACGGCCAUAUCCCGGUGGCCCGUCGCGCCGCGGACGCCGUGCCGCGGUUGUCGCCCCCGUCGUCGCCCCUGUUCCACUCGGCGCAGAGCGCGACGAGCAAGCACGCCGGGCAGCGCCCGAUGACGCGGCGGCGCGGCGGGUCGUCGCCGUGGAAGGUGCUGCUGAGGUACGUGCGGUUCCUGAUGCCGCUGUACCGGAAGGCGAGGGCGCUGGCGCCGCCGAGGCGCGCGCACAGCAGGGUCGCGCCGGCGGGGAGCCCGUCGCGCGGCUCCACGUCGAGCGCCGUCGAGUGGUGCCACGGCAAUGCCGACACGGCCGUCCACGACGCCAUCCUCUACUGCAAGAAGUCCAGCGGCAAAGAUGCGCUGCCAUGAAGGAGAUCGAUCGAUCGGUCGCAGAUCACCCAGCUCAUGAGUUUCUUAAUCCGCUCGAGUUCGUAUCCGGUUUUUAUUUUUGCGCAUGUUCUGAUCUUCAAAUGUCUUUGGUGUGUGUGUGUGUGUGUGUAUAUAUGACAGUAUUACAGAUGUAUGCCUAAUUAACCCGUGUAUGGAUACCGUGUCUCAUGGAUGGGCUCCAUCCGUCUUUCUUAUUUGCGUACGGACACCACUUCUUGAGUUAAUUAGUUACGAUGAUUAAGCGAAUAUAGUUUGUCGGCUCGAGUUAUGGGAGCUCUUUUGAUCCCAGGAUUUAUAUAUGAUCAUCACGUUUGUAUUGUA